UUCCAAUCCAACGAUUCCUGUGAAAACGACAGAAAGAAAAUUUUUCAGUAAAGUUUUGUACACGGAGAUUGUUCGUCGAUAGAAAGUUUAAAAGUGCCUUUCCUUAUUUUGCAAUCGGCUUUUCUUUGAGGAUUUACCAUGGCCGACGAGAUUCAAGAGAAUGGACACGCAGAAAACGGAGACGUUCCCGAAAUAGAGCUGAUUAUCAGGGCUUCCACCAUAGACGGUAGACGGAAAGGGGCAUGCCUCUUCUGCCAAGAGUACUUCAUGGAGCUCUACCUCCUGGCCGAGCUCAAGACCAUCAGCCUCAAAGUGACCACCGUGGACAUGCAGAAACCUCCUCCCGAUUUCAGGACCAAUUUCGAGGCUACUCCACCUCCCAUCCUCAUUGACAGGGGCAUGGCCAUAUUGGAGAACGAGAAAAUUGAGAGGCACAUCAUGAAAACCGUUCCUGGAGGACAUAACUUAUUUGUACAGGAUAAAGAAGUGGCAACUUUAAUCGAAAACCUUUACACCAAGUUCAAAAUGUACGUUACCAAAUACGAAUCUGCCGAUACGAAAGAGGCCAGUCAACCACUGUUCUCCCAUUUGGAGAGGAUCAACGAUUUCCUGGUCAAGAGAGGCACCCGAUUCCUCACAGGUGAUACUAUGUCAUGUUUUGACUGUGAACUGAUGCCAAGAUUGCAACACAUCAGGAUUGGAGCUAAAGCUUUUAGAAAGUUUGAAAUCCCGACCAGAUUCCAAGGAUUAUGGAGGUAUAUGGAGAACAUGUACGAACUGGAGGCGUUCAGACAGAGCUGUCCCGCCGACCAGGACAUCAUCAGCCACAUCAAGAACCAGCUGGGCCUGAGGACCACCGCCAGGAUAGAAUUGGAAACGCCGGUCUACACCACCUCCAUCCCCAUCCUAGACUCGUAAAGAUAUUUCUUUUCGUUUGUACGUUCGUUCGUUGUUCACCAGUCGCAUUAGACCUUAAAAUACUACUAAAACCAUAAAUAUAUAAUUUUUAACGGCUUAAUAAUGGUGCAGCGUGGCUAUUACGACACGUUUUUCUUUUAUCGAACUUCUUCUGACACAAAGUAACAUUUUUAGUAUCUUAAAAGAUUUUUUUUCUGAUCCUCCAACAUCUUUAUUUUGAGCACUACAUUUUUGUCAGACUUUGACACCAAAAGAAUCAGUCUACCGUAACUUAAGAAAUACUGGUAAUUGAUGCUCAGAAAAAAAAUAUUUUUUUCUGAUCCUUUAACAAAUUUUUUUAGGUACAUUUUCUUACACUUUGACAACGGAGGAAUCAAUCUGCCGUAACUUAAAAAAUUCUGGUAGUUGAUACUCAGAAAAAAUUUUUCUGAUUCUUUAACAUCUUAAUUGUAAGUGUUAUAUUCCCGCAGGCUUUGAAAACACGAGAAUCAAUCUGCUAUAAUUUAAGAACUAUUGAUAAUUGAUGCUCAGAAAAAGAAAAACAUUUUCUGAUCUACCUUUGUUUUAUAGGGAAUAGUUUCAAUCAUUUUUGUUUAGGUUGCCUCUGACAAAAAGUCAUUAGCUCAAGAAAUGAUUUUAAAUAAUGCUCAGAAAAAAAUAUAAUCUACGUCAGUUUUAUACCAAAAAUUAAACUGCGGUUUCUUUAGACUUUCUCUGAAUAAAAUCGAUCUCUGGUGAUUGGUGCAGUUUUUUCUGGUUCUCGACAGUUUUAUAUUGAAAAAUAAACUACAACAGUUAUAGCUCAUCUUUUCUUAAUCGAAGGGUUUCGUGAAUCAAGAAAAUUAAAGAAGUAUCCUAAUUGACGCUCAGAAAAAAUAUAUAUUCUGAUCUACGUUAGUUUUAUUCUCUGGCUCAGAUGAAUAAAGAGUUUUUCUGAUGUCAGGGAUCAGAAAAAUCUUUAUUCAUUUUUACUUUAUAUCGAAAAAAACACGGCAGUUUCUUCAAACUGUAAAAAUAAAUCUCCAAUACCUAAAUAAAUGGUGAUUGUUGAUGCUCAGAAAAAAA